AUGCGAGCUGUAGCGUCUUUUAAUGUUAAGAGUUUUGCGGAGUUGGUAAACAAGAGUCGUGUGGUGGAGGAUCGCACUAGGAAGAAUGCGACUACAAGUACUGGCUGUUGUGGUUACCACAAUCGAGGAAGAGGUGCAAGAUCCUUUGCUACAAGGCAUCAAAACUUCAAUAGAGGAGGAUAUGCUCAGCAACGUCAACAUGGCCGAGCUACUUUCCAAGGGAACAACAACAACAAACAUCAAGGAAGGAGAUACAGGAAACAACCUCAAAAUGAUUUGACUUUCAUGAGGAAUGGAAGUUUUCACACGAACACUCCAUGUAAAGCUGGAUUAGGACAUUGUUAUAGUUGUAGAGGAGCUGGUCACGAGAAAGCCAACCGGAAUGCUGGGAGAGCACAACAACAAGGCCAUGCGUAUGAUAUAACGGCGGAUGAUGCUGCUAAGUCGGAUACUUUGAUUAGAGGUAAAUGCGAAAUUGGUUGUAAAGUGUUAACUGCAUUAUAUGAUAUUGGGGCAUCUCAUUCAUUCAUAGAUUUUGAUAAAGCUGCUGAAUUAGGGUUAAAGGUGUUGACAUUGUCAUUUUAUUUGCAUGUCCAUACUCUUGCUUCUAAAACUGUGGUGACUAAAUUAGGCUACCAAGGAGUUCCUUUUAGGUGGAAAACUAAGAAUUUGUUCAUGAUUUUAUCUAUUUGCCAGUGA